AUGCAAGACUACUCGCCUACGCAGCUGUGCUCACGCCACUCGGUUGACGGACCAGGGAACCUAUUGAUGAUUAGGGCGGAUCUCCAUCGCGUUUUUGACGAGAGGCAUUUUUGUCUUGUUCCCAAGGUUGGUGAAAAGAGCGGGGGAGACGUCAGUGAGGCCGCUUCAGGUCGCGACGGAGCCACAGCAGAGCGGAAGCCGCCGCAGCUCGUUGUGCAUGUCUUCAACUCGACGGCCAGUGGGCAGCUCCCGAACCUCUGGCACAACCGCGCGACUCACCCGAUCCCCGAGACGGUGACGGUAGAAAGAAGCGCGCCGAUGUCUGCCAAUGACGCUGAGGAUCUGCUGGGAGAGGUGAGCCUCAGUCUGUAUGGCAGCGGGUACUUCGGGACAGAUGCCUCUGUAAGGUACGACCCCUAUCUGGAUGUGUUAGACCCUGCCGAGCGGCAAAAGGAGGAGCCUCGGGGUCGGUCACGGAAGCGGAGGCUUGGCUGCGAAGAGGAGCAAAACUGCAAGGAUUUUGGUCAGUCUCGACUGAGGAGAAAGAUGGAACUUUCGUUCACGAGCUAG